AUGAUUCAGCAGCACUACUAAAGCAACUAAAGAGGGAGAAGUAAAAAUACCCUUUUAUCAUCCACUUUAGUUGAAGAGAUCAAUUUGCAAAGUCCUAAUUAGCUGAAGAAAGGAAUCUCACCAGGCAGAUUGAGAGGAUAUUAAAAUCCAGAAUUAAACAAAUAUAGCUCGCUUAUCGAUGGAUUUAAUCAAGGAGAUAUUGAGAAAAUUGAUGUACAAAAAUUAUUCGAGCUUUGCAAGGAAAUAGAAGGACACUCAAUCACCUCAAGUGAAGUACUGGAAGCGAUGGUGUUUACUCAGUAUGGCUCUUAAGGUCUAGAAUUUCUGCUUCAGUUACUAUAUGCACCGAACGAUCAAUCUUCUGAAUCUCUGAGUACUCAAAGAAUAAUUUGCGAUUAAUUUGGAUUCACUCCACUAAGUGGCAAAGUUCAAUUCAAUAGGAUUCCAGAAAAUCUCUUGCAAUAAAUGAGAUCAAAUCCAGCAAUUCUAUUGGAUAUUAAAAAGUCUGCUUACGUAAUCGAUGAAUUCAGAUAAGUUUGGUGCUAUCCAAGAUUUGAUAAAUCUUAAAAUACUCUCUCUAUGCAGUAAAAAUAAUAAAACUACCGACACUCUUUAAGCACAGAGGAAGAAAAGGAUGGAUUCGAGUUUAACGAUCUAGAGACUGAUGAAAGGAUAAAUAUUGAUAUCUUUCAAUUUGAUAACACCUUCCCUGACCCUAAAGAAUAUUGCUUGGGAUUUAUCGUCAAAGAUAUUGAUUUCCAAUCAGCUGCUAGAAAGCAGAUUGAAGAGCUUAAAUCUUCAGGUUAAAAUUAAAUUCACAAGAAUAGAUACACUGAUGAACAUCCAGAACUUAUUGUCAAUGAAGUCAAGCCAGAUAUUAAUGAUUGCAACUCCCCUGCAACAAAAUUCAAUACUCUAAAUCCAAAUUCAAUCCUUAGUCCUCAAGACAGACAUAGAAUGCUUAUUCAAAAUGAGUAUCUUACAUAGAGUAGGAAAACUUCUGGCUAUACAAAUUAUGCAGCAGGAGCAGGAGAAACUAACAGCCAAUAAAAUAGCAGUAAAUUCCUCAGAUUUUAAUCUGCAUUUAUAGGAACUUAAGUAUCUGAUUAUAAUACCUAGAAAUCAAAUCACUCUUCAAUGACUACAACUGGAGGAGGAAGCAGUUCAAAUAAGAUAUCAGGAAAAGUAAUAAGCACCACAAAAAAGAAUGGCAACAAUGAUACCUCCUCUGUUGACACCGAUAGGAAUGCUAAUAAUAAUAGCGUCUCUAAUAAGUUGGAGUUGACUAGUAGUAUUGAUUUGAAAAAUAUUUAGUUUAAGAAGAUUGCAGCAAAUAAGGUCCAGAAUAAAUAAACUUUCUUGGAGUAGUAUAGGAAAAGUAAAUAACUGGACACGGGAGAUAUUGGUGGUAGUUUGCCAGUAUCAUAACUACUCAUGCAAAAUAAGAUUGAUGACAUAGAGGGAAGAAUUUCACCUGUAAAAUAGCCAGCAAAGCAGAGUUUUGAAGAGAAAAAGAUUAAAAUAACCAAACCAGGCUAGAAGGGUGCUGGUAUUAAAAUAUCAAGAAACCUAGAACAGAUAAUUCAGAGAAAUCCAAACUAAGGAAGAUAAAGUGUUGUUAAAGGUGUAGUGGAUAGUUAGAGUAAUGAUGAGGUGAAUGAAAUUACUUUGACAUCUAGAGUUCCAAUGACAGCUAAGUUUAAUUAAAUGAUGCUAACUCAAAGCUUUAAUAAGAAUCAGCAAAUUACUAACAACGUAGGAGGUAAUUUAAACACUAACAAUAUAAAUGUGAAUAAGGGGCAGACUAAAAUUGUAAAUUCAAACUUUAAAGUCUGUUGA